AUGGGCCAGAAGGGCGGCCUGAUCGUGAUGGAAUCCGCGCCUCUGAUGGACCAUAUGGACCACAAGGACAACAAGGAUUGCAUGGAUUACAGGGCCAGCCCGGUAGGUAUACUUUUCUACUACUAUUUACGAUUCCUAGGCCAUUUUGGAGCAGACAUUGGUGUUCCGGACAUCAAGGGUUCUCUUUCAAAGCGGAAAUCUCCCGCCUCAAGCUUGUCUUUGAUGAUGAUUGCUAAAAUCACUUUGUCAAAGGUCGUGAUGGAAGAGAUGGACGAGACGGGCGAGAUGGACGUGCAGGUAACGAUGGGCGGCUUGGGACAGGUAAUCUGGGGCCUCCUGGGCCUUAUGGUCGACCUGGGGCUGACGCUUGUCAGGGCCCACAAGGAGUUCCAGGGGAGCGCGGCCCUCAAGGAACUUGCUUCUUCUCUUGGCAGUUUGUGGAUAAAACGCAUGUUCUAG